CCUCACGACUCCGGCAUUUAAUUCUCGUCACGUUCACGAAAAGGGCAGGCAUUAGAUCACUACACAGGUCCCUGAGAAGAGCCCCAGUCCUCUCAGUUUGUCUCCACGCCUCCCAUUCGGCUUCCUAUACUGUCUUCUUGUCUGUUUCACCGCGCUAAUCCUUUCCAAUUUGAGGACAGCAUGACAGGAGGACUGAAGGACGGCGAACCAGAAGAGGAGUUUCUGCAUUCGCCGUUCAUCCGAAAACAAGGGAACAUAUACAAACCUAACAACAAAGACAUGGACAACGACAGUCUGAACGAGAAGACGAUGGAGGACGUCCACACCAAAGAGAUCGACCUGGUCAACCGGGACCCGAAGCGCAUAAACGACGACGUUGUCAAGGUAGACUUUGAGGAUGUGAUCGCCGAGCCUGCAGGGACCUACAGCUUCGACGGCGUGUGGAAAGCCAGCUUCACCACCUUCACUGUCACCAAGUACUGGUGCUACAGGCUGCUGACGGCGCUGGUCGGCAUCCCCCUGGCGCUGAUCUGGGGAAUCUUCUUCGCCAUCCUGUCCUUCAUACACAUCUGGGCCGUGGUGCCGUGCGUCAAGAGCUACCUGAUCGAGAUCCACUGCGUCAGCCGUGUCUAUUCCAUCUGCGUGCACACCUUCUGCGACCCGCUGUUCGAGGCCAUGGGCAAGUGCUUUAGCAGCAUCCGAAUCCGCAUGACCAAGGAGGUGUAGCAUCCACGGAGGGGAGGAGGAGGAUUAACGGAAAGAGGGGAGGGAGGACGGGAGGGCUGGAGCCACACAGAUGGAGGGAAAAGUCAGAACAGAAGAGAAGAAGAAAAAAAUAGACCUCUGGAAAAUGAGAAGUGAGACUUUUCCAGAUCGAGUGAAGGGGCGUGGUCACAUGGCACCUGACCCCGCCUUUUUCCAUUGGCUGCUUUUUCUCUCCAGUGUUGGUGUAACCAAACGGGUGGGCACAGGAAAUCAAAGGGUCAUUCUCCGGGGUUUUUGCUGUUGUUUUGUUUGUGUUCUCUGUUUUUUUUUAAUCUUUGCUGUUAACUUUGUCAAGCUCCAUAUCUGUUUCCUGUUAGCUUUACCACACAAUGUCAAUUCCUUCCAUUCUGUGGAGAGCUUAUCACUUUGAUUGACUCAUGUGAAGAGGGGAUGUCAGGGUGUAUCACUGUCUUCUCUCGUGCUUAUUUGUGUUUGUUUUUUGGAGCCGUUGGGCAGGGCAGGAUGGUGGGAUGUUGGGGGGUUGGGAAGGUCAAAGCGGAGAGAAAGAGUGAGCGCUGCCAAAUUCUGUCUGACUCAGCAAAAGCAAAACAACUGCACGGACCGAACAGCACAGCAACACGCCGCUCUCUGCCCCCCCGUGACCUCCAACCCGCCAAAACCAACCACCCACCCCCACCCCCCCCUUCACCGGCUUUCCAGCAGUCUCACACACUGAACCUGCCCUCGUUCCUGCAUGCAUCUGCGUCGCCUUGCCAGCAACUCGCCGUCCGCCACCGCCACGCCUGCCGCACAGCCCCGCGAUGCAGAAACAGUGCAUCUCGGCUCACUCGCUCUGCGCACCAGCUUCCUACUUCACCUCCACCUUCGUCGUCAUUAUCCUCAUUAUGACAUGAGAGUGUGACAGAGAAUGUUAGCAUUUGAAUCUUAUAUGAACAUUUGGUUUUCUGAACAGUUUUGCCCUUUUUUCAAUUUUCAGUGAAGCUCAGUGCUUUUAAAUGCAUCACAGUUCCAUGAAUGCUUUUUUUUUUCUACACUAUGAAAAUGAAGAACUUUAAGGGGUCCAUUGUUUUAAUAUCCUGUAUGUACUGUAUGGGGUUUUUAUACAAAAAAAAAAAUGAGACUUUUCAGGCUAUGGCCUCAAUCCAGUGCACUAACUAUGGCUAAGUAUCGUUAGUGAAGAGCACAUGAAGAUCUCCUUCCUAUAUUGCAAAGGUAGUAGAAUACUCACAGUUACUUUUCUACACUUAGGAUGUGUAGUUACAAGCUUGUGUGGAGAUUUUCCAUACGCACUGUGGUACUUACACAGGUUAAUGCAUUGGAAUUGGACAAUGUGAGGUGGAAUGUGUGAUUUUUAAAUGCAUUUUUAUUUGUUAGCUGGUCAUAACUUUGCACCCUACCCCUUUUUUGUCUUCUUUUUCUUUUAACUCUCCCUUAUUAAUUUGUUCUGCUUCCCUGCUUCCUGACUGUAGAGAUGAUGCUGAAAAGCAUCAGACUGAUGCCCCCCCCACCCCAGAGGUGGGUGAGGGGAGAGAUGGUUUGGUGGGGUUUCUGGGAUGGGCUGGGGGAUUAUGUUUUAUUGAGACAUUAAGCUCACUUUGACUCCGUCACCUUCAGUCUACCUGCUGUCUUCUCACAGGGACGAUAAUAUCAUAGCACCUGAUCUUUGAAUUGAGUGUUUUUAAGCUCCAAAGGUGAUAUUUUUAUAAGAAAAAAUGUUUUUUUCUCCUCCCUUGCUUUUACUGUACAAUCACGCUGUGCACAUUAAAAUUUAAUAUAAUCCAG